UUUUUUUUUGUUCUCUCGUAUAGCUUCUGUAGCUGAUCUUGCUGAUUUAUUGAAAAGUGAACCACAAGAUGAUUAUAUUGUUGGUUUACAAGAUACUCUAUCUGCUGUAUUUUCAUCACCAACAAUAUUUUCACUUGCAUAUUGUCAUGAUUUACUUCUUCGUUUUAUUCAACAACCAGAAAAUAUGCGUCCUACUUCAACAGAUAAUCUAUCUUUAUUAACAUCAUUACUUAAAGAUCUUGAAAUCGUGGGCAUGACAAAUAAAUAUGCACGUGAAUUAGAUAGUAUUUUACGAAAUCCACAUAUACGAAUGAUUAUGGAUGCUCAUCAAACGAUAGCAACACGAGAAUAUGCUGAAGAGCAAUUACCAAUUGGUUAUUUACCUGAUGCAGCUAAACCUUUACCUGAUAUAUCAUCACCAUCAUAUAUUUAUCCCGGUACAAUGCCACCAAUGCCACCAAAAACUAUUGGUAUUGAAUCAACUGGUGAAGAACAUUUAGGUAUUACUGUUAAAUUAAAUGAAGUGGGAGAUUUAGAAAUAAAACGAAUUGUACAAGGAGGUUUAAUUGAUAAACAAGGUCUUCUUCAUGUCGGUGAUAUAAUUAAAGAAAUUAACGGUGAAAUUGUUAAUACACCUGAAGAAUUACAAGAUAAAUUAAGAAAUGCUCGUGGUGCUGUAACAUUUAAAGUUAUUCCAAGUUAUUAUGAUUUUCCAUCACCAUCACAAUUAUUUAUUCGAACUCAUUUUUCUUAUGAUCCAGCAAAAGAUAAAUUAAUUCCAGCUAAAGAAGCUGGAUUAGUAUUUGAUGAAGGUGACAUAUUACAAAUACUUUCACAAGACGAUGUUCAUUGGUGGCAGGCAAGACAAGUAAAAGAUCCAACACAAAAAGGUCUUAUACCAUCACAAUAUCUUGAAGAACGACGUAAAGCUUUUGUACCACCUGAAAAUGAUUUUUCUAAAACAUCACUUGUAUGUGGUUUAAUUGAUCGUCGAAAAAAAAAACGUUUAUUAUUUAAUGUUAAAGAUUCAUCAUUAUUUGAUAAAGGUGAUAUAUGUCUUUAUGAAGAAGUAGCACGUAUGCCACCAUUUGCAAGAAAAUGUUUAAUUUUAAUUGGAGCACGUGGUAUUGGAAGACGAACAUUAAAAAGUCGUUUAGUUGCACUUGAUCCAGAUCGAUUUGGAACAACAAAACCACAUACAUCACAUUCAUUACGUACUAAUGAUGGGUUAAAUGCUUAUUAUCAUAUGGAUAGAAAUGAUAUGGAAAAUGAAAUUGAAACAGGUGGUUUUCUUGAACAUGGUCUAUAUGGUGAACAUUUAUAUGGAACAAAAUUUGAUUCUGUUCGACGAGUUAUACAAUCAGGUAAAAUGUGUGUAUUGGAUGUUGAACCAACGGCUUUAAAAUUAAUUUGUAAUAAAGAAUUUAUGCCAUAUGUGGUAUUUGUUAAAGCACCGAAUAUGGAUUAUCUUCGUUACAUGCAAUAUAAUGAUAAACAAAGAGCAACAAAAAUGAGAACAAAAAGUAAUAUGAGUAAUAAUUCAUCAUUGAAUUUAUCGUCAAAAGAUCUUGAACAAGUUGUUUUGGAAAGUGAUGCUUUAGAACGUGACUAUCAUACUUAUUUUGAUCUUACACUUGUUGCUGAAGAUAUUGAUAAAACGUUUGAACAACUUGUUCGAGCUGUCGAAGCAUUAAGUGCUGAACCUCAAUGGGUGAAUGUUCAAUGGUUUUCUUAA